AUGCCCCCUUAUAUCGACAAAACCACUGAUCCAGUCAAAUUUGAGACUUGGAGGCCCCAAAUCGAGCUUGCCCAAAAAAGAUUAAAAGAUUCUUUGGUCGCAGAUUUUGUCGUGCCCCAGUCUGAUCUACCUGGUGAUUCCGUUCUUGAUGUCUCCACGUUUCCAGCAAAAGUCAUGUCACCCGCAGAGCUCAAAAUCACUGAAACUGAUGCAUCCACACUAGUGCUAGAGAUGGGCAGUGGAAAAUUGUCUGCCAAGACUGUUCUCGAUGCAUUCAUGAAACGUGCGACAAUUGCUCAUCAACUUCUAAACUGUGCAACAGAGUUUCUUGCUGACGAGGCUUAUGAAAGAGCAAAACUUCUUGAUGAGUAUGUACAGACAUACGGAAAACCUAUCGGGCCUUUACAUGGCCUGCCAAUGAGUAUCAAGGAGCACGUUUCAAUCAAAAACAGAGUCACCAACGCAGGUUUUGUGGCACUGUUGAACAAUGUCACCCCGGAAGAUGCCACAACGGUUUCUAUCCUGAGAAGUCUUGGAGCUAUUCCGUUUGUAAGAACGAACGAACCCCAAUCCCUGAUGCACCAAGAUUCCUGUAAUUAUAUCACUGGUGUCACUCUUAACGGUUUUAACCGCAAGCUCAGUCCAUCCGGAUCAUCUGGAGGUGAGGGCGCACUUAUUGGAUUUAAAGGAUCCGUGAUGGGCGUUGGAACAGAUAUUGGGGGGUCGAUCAGAAGUCCUGCUGCUUUCAAUGGAUGCUACGGAUUGCGUCCAACAGCCGGCAGAGUUUCUUCUAGAGGGUGUAUUUCCGCCGGUGGGGGUCAAGAAUCUGUGAAAUCUUCAAUUGGCCCGUUGGCACAACAUUUGAGUGAUAUCGAACUGUUUAUGUCUUCUUAUGUUGGUGCCAAACCAUGGCUCCAGGACGCCACCCUUUACCGUAUUCCUUGGAAAAAAGUGGAUGUAGACAAACAGUUGACUGUGGGUAUCAUGAGGUCUGAUGGAGUCGUCAAGCCACAUCCACCCAUUUUGCGAGGACUUGAAUUUGUUGAAAAAAAACUCAUUGAAGCAGGGGUCAAAGUUGUGGAGUGGGAGCCAUAUAAAUGCGACGAGCUCUGGGAAAUUGUGAGCUCCAUGUAUUUCGCAGACGGAUGUGCUGCUCAAAAUAAGCUUUUGGGGGCUUCCGGCGAGCCAAUCCAUCCACUGACCGCUAUGGCCUUCAGUUUUGGAAAAGGCGAGCUGACCGUCUCUGAAAAUCAAGAGUUGAAUUACAGAAGGGAUGAGUUUAGAAAUAAAUACCAACAAUUGAUGAUCGAGCGAGGGGUUGAUGUUAUCCUUUGUCCCGCAUAUGUUGGAGUUGCUGCUGAGCUGGGCACAACAAGCUACUGGGGAUACUGUUCGCACUGGAAUUUGUUAGACCAGCCUGGUCUGGUCUUCCCAACGGGUCUCUAUCAAGAUCCAGUCGUCGAUAAAGUUGACCCACGGACGGAGUACUGGAACCUUACAGACGAGAAGGAGUCCCAGAAGUACGUUCCCAAUGUUUUUAAGGGAGCACCAAUUGCGCUUCAACUGGUUUCUCAACGAUAUGAAGACGAGUUCCUUUUAGCUGCAGGGAAGAUCAUUACCGAGUGUCUAAGAUAA